AUGGCCACGACGACGACGACUUCUGACCUGCACGCCCUCCGCCCCGUCGAUCUCUACCAGCCUCUCCACAACAGCAUCCCAGAGGAACUGCUCCCCCGCUUUGACCCCGUCUACGUCGAGUACUACAACAAAUACAACGCCGGACGUCUGCACACCCACGAGGUGCCGAUCGAGGAGUACCGCAAAAACCCAGCCAAAUACACCAUCUCGUACGGCCGUGCUGCCGGACCGGAUGUCUAUCGCAUCACGGAGCAGAAAUGCCCCGUAGACGGCGACGAGAUCACAGUGCGCAUCUUCGAGCCGAAGCCGCCAGAAGACGGCAAUAAAAAGAGGGCCGCUUAUAUCAACUUCCACGGCGGCGGCUGGGUGUUUGGUGACCUGUCUAAAGAUCACGACUUUUGCAAGCGCAUUGUCCACGCCCUCGAUGGCGAUCUCGUCGCGUUCGAUGUCGACUACCGUCUGGCUCCGGAGCAUAAAUUCCCCAUUCCUGUCGACGACUGUUGGGCGGCCUUUAACUGGGUCCGAACCCAAAAAGCGGAGGAAUUCAACCUCGAUCCAAACCGCCUCGCCGUCGGCGGCAUAUCGGCCGGAGGGCAUCUCGCCGCCGUAGUCGGCCAGCUCUGUCGCAACGCCAAUAUCCCCCUGGCCUUCCAGUUGCUGACCGUGCCUGUGUGCGAUCUCCACAGCGUGUUUACGCCCGAAGGAGAGUUCGACCGCGACAACUGCCCGUACGGGUCCUACCGAGAGAUGGAAUUCGCGCCCGCGCUUCCCAUGGCGCGCAUGGCGUUCUUCCAUCGACAUUUCUUGGAAUGUCCGCGUCCGCCAAAGUCUGAGGAUGACUGGAAGAUAUCGCCCAAUCUGUCGACGAAUUUCUCCAACCUGGCUCCAGCCCUGGUCUUCACAGCCGAGCUGGAUCCUCUGCGCGACGAAGGGGAGACGUAUGCGGCAAAGAUGAAGGCAGCCGGCUCGCCGGUCGAAUUGAUCCGUGUUCCUGGCGUGCCGCACACCUUUGCGCAUUUGGACGCUAUCUUGGACGCCGGCAAGAUGUAUAAUGAGAAAGUUAUCGAGGCGCUCAAAAAGUAUCUGCGGACUGUUAAAGAAGAGUUGAGUAGUGCUUGCUUCGCUGAGCCUAGGAAAUACAGAAAAGUCAAACGCGAGCAAGGUUCUCCUACCCAACCCAUGGAAAAGGGGUGUAGCGCCACAGGAAUCUCUCUAUUUCGAGUUCCUCCUCAUACUGAUCCCCCCAAGCGCCCUUCGAAAGAGUGCUUCCCAAUGGGGCACGUUAUAGGUAAACCACAUGGUCUUGGUGAAUUCCCAGUAUUCCGGCUUGAAACCCGCACACUCCCAGUCGAUGAUGCCGCUAAGACGUCCGCCUUCGACGAGCAGGUUGCUAUCGUGCAGAUCAGAAUGCGUAAAGUACGACCGGUGAUCCUGACGAAGGCUCUGGAACUUGUCGCCAAAGAACUCUGCAGCGGUGCAAUCAUGAUGGCUCCUCAACAGAUUGUAAAAGUCGGCUUCUGA